AUGAGUUUAGGAGCCUUUGCAGCAACGAUGGUAAUCUUUUUACAAUUAACAUCAGAAUUAAUGAAAAGUCAAACUUCAAGAUUAUUACCAAUCAAAGGAGAAAUUUUAAUUGAAACUUAUUUACCUUUAAUUGGAUCGAUUUUAAUCAUAAUCUCAUCUAUAUUUUUCUUUAAUAAAUUUUUAGAAGGUUUACGUGAUUAUAGAAGAUCAGAUCAAGAUGAAUUUCUUUCAGGUCAUAAUCGUACUUAUUGGUCACAAUUCUUAAGACGUAAAUCUGGUAGUCAUAAAGGAAAAGAAGAGAUUGAAGAUAAAGGUAAAGAAGAAAUUAAAGAUAAAGGAAAAGGAAAAGUUGAAGAAGAAGUUCAAUCUGAAUCAGGUCAAAGUAAUUUACCACCACCACCUCCUCUGCAAGAUGAUCCAACACCAAAAAAGAAAAAGAGAAAGAGUGUUUCAAAAGCAUCUUGA